AUGGCCCUGGCAACCGCAGCGGGGACACGGCCACCCCUGAGGGAGGUGGCAGGGGUUCCUCUGCCUGCCACCACCGUGGACAACUGGAGCCAGAUCCAGGGCUUCGAGGCCCAGCCAGAUGACCUCCUCAUCUGCACCUAUCCCAAGUCAGGGACCACGUGGAUCCAAGAGAUUGUGGACAUGAUCGAGCAGGGCGGGGAUGUGGAGAGGUGCCAGCGGGUCACCAUCCAGCACCGCCACCCCUUCCUAGAUUGGGCGCGGCCACCCCAGCCCUCUGGCAGUACUUACUUACAGAGGCCUGUCCUCUCAACCCACUCGGAAGGUGUGGACAGAGCCGCAGCGAUGCCCUCUCCACGGGUGCUAAGGACCCACCUUCCCACCCAGCUGCUGCCUCCGUCCUUCUGGGAAAACAACUGCAAGUUCCUCUAUGUUGCCCGAAAUGCCAAGGACUGUAUGGUGUCCUACUUCCACUUCCAAAGGAUGAACCAGACCCUCCCUGACCCAGGCACCUGGGAGGAGUACUUUGAAACCUCAGUCAGCGGGAAAGUGGCCUGGGGCUCCUGGUUUGAGCACGUGAAAGGCUGGUGGGAGAUAAGAAAGAAAUUCCAGGUCCUCUUCCUCUUCUACGAGGACAUCAAGAGGAACCCGAAGCAGGAAAUUCAGAAGGUGAUGCAGUUCAUGGGAAAGAACCUGGAUGGACCCGUGCUGGACAGAAUCGUCCAGGAGACGUCGUUUGAGAAGAUGAAGGCAAAUCCCAUGACAAACCAUUCCUCGGCGCCCAAGUGGAUCCUGGACCAGUCUAUCUCCCCCUUCAUGAGAAAAGGAACCGUGGGGGAUUGGAAAAACCACUUCACUGUGGCUCAGAAGGAGAGGUUUGAUGAAAUUUACAAGCAAAAGAUGGAAGGAACCUCAAUCCACUUCUGCACGGAACUGUGA